CCUUGAGUUCUGUUCUUGGGCACUUUCCAGUAGCCAAUAUUUGCUAAAUAUUUAAAGAGUUUAGUUGUACAUUAACUGAGCAAGCGCUGUGCAACAUGCUGUUUGGCUAGUUCACUUGCUUUUUAUAGUUGGCUGCACAAGAUCGCCAGCAGUCAACCGAAACCAUGUUCAGUAGACGUAGUUUUGCAGCUCUCGGUCCACUUUACAGAGGCACCGUGUCCACGUUAUGGACACGAGCACAGUCCACGGUACCGAAACUGGACAUCGGCGGGAUCUACCCGCCAAUCGCCACUCCGUUUUCGGCGAACGAAGACGUGGACUAUGACAAGUUGGGGGAAAACCUCAAGAAAUAUGCGAAAAUACCUUUCAAAGGUCUGGUGGUGCAGGGCUCCAAUGGAGAGUAUCCCUUCCUGACGGAGGAGGAGAGGGUGGAGGUGGUGCGCAGGGUCCGCCUCGCUCUGCCCAGCAACAAGCUGCUCAUGGCCGGGUCAGGCUGCGAGU